GCUGGAACAGCGCGAAUGCGAGAUACUAUCUUAAUUUGCACAUGUUCUCUACUUUGCAAUGUAAAUGAUUAGAUAAAACGUUACUGACAUGAGGCAGCUGUAUUUUGAGUCGUAGCGUAUAUGUUAAGUUUUGGUCCUCAACUCUCAAGCGUCAACGAUUACUUGUAUUUAAGUUCAACACAACACGGAGUCAGUAUGAGCGAUGAUCUUAAAGAUGUUAAAAUUAUUCUUGCAAACCAAGAUGGUGCCUAUCAACCAUGUGUGUUGUCUGGAAUACUCGAAAUCUGCCCAAGCAAACCGACUACAAUACACGAAAUUCAAGUGAAGCUCACAGGGCAAGCCUAUAUUUCUUUAGCAAACACAGAACGGCGGGAGGUUUUCAUCGACAUAGUUCAAAUUAUAUUUCCAACCCCGGAAACACAAAUCAGCGAGCAUUUCGAAACGACACUACAAGAGAACGUUCGUUACACAGUACCGUUUCAUUUUCAGCUCAGGAAUCACUUACCGUCGUCGUUUGAAUUAAACACAUCUUAUUCUGGUAUAACGGCUUAUGUUCGUUAUUACAUUGAAAGCAUCGUUAUACGAUCGAAACACACUUUGGCGCAUAGAUGUAGAAAGGAUUUUAAAUUUCGCCAAACCCGAGAGUUAACGGAGAUUCCUGGAUAUUCAAUGCCGAAGACAUAUCUUCAGCUCCGAGGAUGUCAUAUACACAACAGCAUAUGCUUCAGAUUUCGUGGAGACGCAUUUCAUUACCUCAAAAUCAUUUUCGGGAUCAUGUUCAAGUCAACUGCCAAAAAGCUCCUGCGCCUUCAAACGAAAGAUGGAGGAUGUGCAUUUCAACAGAAUGAAUAGUGGAAAAAAGCGAAUAGCAGUC